AUGUCCAGAACCCUGAAGAAGAAGAAACACUGGUCUGGUAAGGUGGUGGAGUGCGCCGUGUCAUGGGGCAACCUGGGCGACUUCGGCUCCGUGGUGGAGGUGCUGGGGGGCGCCGAGGUGGGUCAGUUCCCGCACUUGGGUCAAAUGAAGCUGGAUGUGUUGGUGUGCCACGUCGGGAAGCUGCCCUACUACGGUGACGUGCUGCUCGAGGUCAACGGGACGCCCGUCAGUGGACUUACCAACCGGGACACUCUGGCCGUCAUUCGGCACUUUCGGGAGCCCGUUCGCCUCAAGACCGUCAAACCAGGCAAAGUAUUGAACACGGACCUUCGCCACUACCUCAGUCUGCAGUUUCAGAAGGGCUCGUUGGACCACAAGCUCCAGCAGAUAAUACGGGACAACCUCUACCUGCGCACUAUUCCGUGUACCACCAGGCUCCCUCGGGAGGGGGAGGUACCUGGCGUGGACUACAACUUUAUCAGCCUAGGAGACUUCCGGAUCCUGGAGGAGAGCGGCCUUCUCCUGGAGAGUGGUACAUACGAUGGUAACUUCUACGGGACUCCUAAGCCCCCCGCCGAGCCCAACCUAGUGCAGCCUGACCUGGUAGAUCAGGUCCUGUUCGACGAGGACUUCAGUGGCGACGUCCCCCGCAAGCGCACCACCUCAGUCAGCAAGAUGGACCGCAAGGACAGCGCCGUGCCUGAGGAAGAAGAUGACGAUGAAAGGCCACCGCUGGUCAAUGGCUUGCCUGGUAAGUCCGCACGGCGAGAGCGUCACCACAAGGCCGAAUGGAGGCGAGCCGUGCCCAGCUACGCCCAAUCCAGCAGUGCCAUGGACUUCCGCACGUGGAGCUCGCUCCCCAGGGAUGACAGCCUGGAGCCGCUUCCGCUCAACUGGGAGAUGGCUUACACAGAGACUGGCAUGGUCUACUUCAUCGAUCACAACACUAAAACAACCACGUGGUUGGACCCUCGCUUGGCCAAGAAGGCAAAACCCCCUGAGAAGUGUGAGGAUGGAGAGUUACCUUACGGCUGGGAGGAGAUUGACGACCCGCAGUAUGGCACAUACUACGUGGACCACAUCAACCAGAAAACCCAGUUUGAAAACCCGGUCCUGGAGGCUAAGAAGAGGCUCAGCCAAGGGAUGGCCACCAUCCAGAAGACUGCCCCCUCCCAUGGCAAGGGUGGCACUGCGGGCUUCACUACCAACCCUAACCAGUUGAAGGGCGACAUGUACCGCACGGCGCUGAAGAAGAGUUCGCAGGGCUUUGGCUUCACCAUUAUCGGGGGGGACCGCACCGACGAGUUCCUGCAAGUGAAAAACGUUUUCAGUGACGGUCCCGCGGCCCACGACAAUAAAAUGGCAUCCGGAGAUGUGAUCGUGGAGAUUAAUGGCUUGUGCGUUCUGGGGAAGACCCAUCCAGAGGUGGUGCAGAUGUUCCAGUCCAUCCCCGUCAACCAGUACGUGGACAUGGUCCUAUGCCGCGGCUACCCGCUUCCUCCGGACGUAGAUCUGGACAGCGACGACCCUCUGCCGCCGCCGCCUCCUCCGACCAACCGUGCCACUCCGGCGUUGCACGGCGGCGAGGUGGUGACGGCUGUGCCACUCAUCAACGGACAGCCUCUUUUGGUCAAAGGCGACGUACUGCACGGCUCGUCGCAGGAGCUCCACUACGUUACCACCGACUCCAGCGGUCGUCCGGUAGUGGCCGCCUUGCCCAACGGCAGGCAGGGUGACACAGCUACAGGGAUGCUGCAACCGGAGCUUGUCAGCGUGCCGCUGAUUAAGGGGCCGGGCGGCUUUGGCUUUGCCAUCGCCGACUGUCCGCUAGGCCAGAAGGUGAAGAUGAUCCUGGAUGCCCAGUGGUGCCAUGGCCUUCAGAAAGGCGACGUCAUCAAAGAGAUCAAUAGGCAGAACGUGCAGACCUUGAGCCACGCGCAGGUGGUUGACAUCUUAAAAGACUUCCCCGUGGGGAGUGAGGUCGAUGUGCUUGUGUUGCGGGGAGGUCAAACGUCGCCUGUGAAGAGUCUCAAGCCGAGACAGGAAAUGACGGCCAGUACGGAGACACUUGACGCAAUUGGCGAUUCGGCUCCCCAGGCACUGCCUUACCACUCUAACACAAGCACCCUGCGCACCACCGGUGACUCACCCAAGCGGGACGCCGCCGAGUUGUACCUGAAAUCCAAAGCCCUGCUAGAGAGCAGACAGCCACACACCAAAGACAUUGAUGUGUCCCUCAAGAGGGAUAUCGAAACAGGCUUUGGCUUCCGCGUUUUGGGCGGAGAAGGUCCACAGCAGCCAGUGUACAUCGGGGCCAUCGUGCCCAAUGGCGCCGCGGAAAAAGACGGCCGCCUGCGGGCUGGAGACGAGCUGAUCGGCAUUGAUGGAGUGAUGGUGAAGGGCCGUUCGCACAAGCAGGUGCUAGACCUCAUGACCAAUGCUGCCCGUAACGGUCAAGUCAUGCUGACCGUGCGCAGAAAGGUCAUCUACAGAGACGCGACGGAGGAAGAGGCUCAGGAAAUGGCACCACCGCUGGUGAACGGCUCCCCCAAACUACCUCGGUUGCCCAUGCCCAGUGCUCUGGACCACGAGUCCUUUGACAUUACGCUGCACCGCAAAGAGGUCGAGGGUUUCGGAUUUGUCAUCCUUACGUCCAAGAGCAGACCUCCAUACGGAGUGAUUCCCCACAAGAUCGGACGAAUCAUCGAAGGCAGCCCGACGGACCGCUGCGGCCUACUGCAUGUUGGCGACCGCAUCUCAGCCGUCAACGGUCGUUCCAUCCUGGAGCUCUCACACAAUGACAUCGUCCAACUUAUCAAGGACGCUGGAAACGUGGUCACGCUCACUGUGGUGCCCGAGGAUGAGUACAAGGGUCCCCCAUCUGGUGCCAGUUCUGCUAGACAGAGUCCAGCUCUUCAGCACCGAGCUAUAGGACAACGCUCGGCUCUACAGGACGAACGCUUCAACCUGGACCUUGAAGACAAACGAGAUGGCAUCUCCUGGUCUGAACACAAAAACAUCCCUGUGGAGCAGGGGGCAUUGUGUGUGACGGGGCCUAACCAGGGCUGUCUGACCGUUGAACUGGACCGUAGUCCCAGAGGGUUCGGGUUUAGCCUGCGAGGGGGAACAGAGUACAACAUGGGCCUUUACAUCCUGAGACUGGCUGAGGACGGCCCAGCACAGCUCGACGGACGGAUCCACGUUGGAGACGAGAUCGUGGAAAUCAACGGCGAGCCGGCCCGCGGGAUUUCUCACACGCGUGCCAUUGAGCUGAUCCAAGCGGGAGGAAGCAAAGUGGCACUGCUGCUGCGACCCGGCGCUGGCUUGACUCAAGAUGGUAGUAGCGCAGCUUCUUCUACAGUGUGCUACUACACCGAGCACCAACACUAA